AUGGUAGUCCAGGCAGAACUCCCAUCCCACUAUGAAGCAGCACCAAAGGCUAGCCCUUUGGCAUAUGGAGUGACAACUGCCCUUCACAUACCUAUGGAAGAAGAUACCAUUAGGUUCAAUCCGAAUGAAAAGGUCCUCAUUCUGAGCAAACCUGUCCCCGGAGAGGAGACAUCCAGGAGGGUUCUUGGUAUUGAGGUGAAUGGAAAGAGAGGUUAUGCUCCGCUGCAACUCAUUCGUGAAAUAUCUGUAAUGAAGAAAACUUUCGUGACUGUGGAAAUAGAGCCUUUCAUGAGGAAACCUGCAUCUGCAAAGAGUCUGCACCAUUCUUCACAGAAGAGGAAGUUUGAAGAGGUAUUAAAUGCUGCCAGAGGUUUGGGAAUCACUCCUGCACCUGAUCAGAGCAAAGAGAAAGUGCCCUCUCUAUCUCCUUCACCUGUAGAAGAUAAUGCUUCUCAUAUGACUGUUGGACCAGACUUUUCAACUCAUAUCCAUCCAAAAGAUGUGGAAAGUGCUAAGUAUGUAGUGAUUGAUGGAACAACUGUUGCAGCUGAUAUGAUUGAGGAGAAUAUAAGUGAGGAUGAGGAAGAAGGUGAGAGAACGAUGGAGAUGCCUCAUAUAACUGUGAUGCCAGAACAAGUUCCUUUCAUUACCAGAGUCAUGAGCUCAGCCACAGAAGAUGAGCAUGCCCCAUCAUCAAUUGACAGCUCUACAAUGUAUUCAGAUGACUCAGAGUCAGAAAAUGAAAUGGACAAUGACCUCCUCAGGUCCAGCUUUCAGAGAGUAAAAACUAAAUAUAAUUGGUCCAAGAAACCUGAGAUUAGCAAUGAUCAAGGUAGAGGGGACAAUGUAGACACAGACAAGGAGAGUGAAAAGGAGAACAAUGAAGAAUUUGGAGAAGAUGAGGAGGAGGAAGGGGAGGAUGAUGCAGCUGAAGACCAAGAUACAGAAGCAGACUAUCUUGAGAGUGAGGAAGCAGGAAGAGAAAACAAAGGGGAUGGACUUGAAGACAAUAUUAAUCCUGUGGUGUCUGAACUGGGAGAAGUAAUAAAUAAUGAUGGAACACAGAAUGAGAAAAAGGAAGAGAGCGAGUUGGUGAAAGAAAAAACUGGAGAAGUAGAUGUUCUUGUGGAUGUUGGCAAGGAAGAUAUGGAUCCUGUGGUAAGCAUAAAGGUUCUGGAAGCAGCAGCUGUUAAGGAAAAGGAGGAAUCUUUCAUAUCAAAAUCCAGCUUUCCUGAAGGAGAAGACAACCAAGAAAUUCAAGAAGAGAAUCAUAGGAUAGCUUCAACAGGACAGCAACAGAUUUUAGCAAACAGUGGGGUUGAGACUGAUCAUGAGCAGGGAAAGAAAGACGUGCAUGAAGAUACUGGCAGUGAGGGUCAGAAGAAUCAGGAAUCCAAUUCUGGAGCUAGGGUCAAUCCUGAAAUUCCUUAUGACAAAGUGAAAGAAGUAGAGUAUGAGGCAUCACAAGAUGGGAAAGAAGAAAGUCAAGUUUCACCUCAAUCUGAAGGAAAGCACUCCCAUUUUGUAGCAGCAGAAGGGAAUUCAAAGGGCCUAGAUAUGGUGAGUGGGGUAUUCCCCAAUCAGACUGAGGACCCCAACAUAAUAGAAUUUGAGGAAUUGGGAGGGGAAAGGGAGGAGCCAGAUGGUUUGAACCCAACUCCAAAGGAAGAGGUUGGAUCUCAAGGAUUCAUGUCUAUAGCCUUGAGUCUCAUGUCCUCCUUAAUAUCACCUGUUGCAUCUGAGGACAUGGUGACCUCAUCCAUUUAUGGAUCCUCAGAGCCUCAGGAGAGCAGUCUCUCUCCUCAUGUUGAUGAAGUUCAUGAAUCAGUUGAAAUUAGGGUUGACAAACCUCUGUCAGAGAGUGCAGGAAUUUCUCAUCCAGCAGAAGAUUCUGGGAGCAGGGACAAUGAACCUCUUUCAAUGAGUGGAUUUGAAGGUACACAUGAUCAACCCUUGAUGUUGGAGAAUACAGAAAGCUCAUUUGCUGCAGGAAAGGAGAGUGUUAAUGUUGCACCUAUUGAGAGCCAUACCCAUAACGAAGAUGUCAAUUUACCACCAAAAGUUGUUGAUAACAUCAUCACCGAAGAGACUGUGAUGCCUGACCGAAGGGAAGAUCCAAAGGAACCUGCAUCUGAAACACAUGAAAUGUUCUGGGAAAAUGCCAAAGCUGCUCUCUUAGAAAUUCAAGAGAGCAUUCUGGACCUGACAUAUCCCUGUGUGGAGUACAUUAAAGUCAUAUUUCUUCCACUUUGGCCUUACAUUGCUCAAGUGGUUCCUGCAGAAUUCCUGAGCGCAGCCUCUGUGGGGACUUCUAUUGUUGCUCUCUACCUUUUCUUCACUUCCAUUACAUUCUUCAUUAUGAAGUUCUCCAUCCAGAAUCGAUCAAUUCAGAAGCAGCUGCUACUAAUAGCAAGCCAGUAUGGUGAAGUUGUGACACAGCAGAACUCCUUAGAAGAAGAGAAUGACACUGUUCGUCUUGAGCUGCAGCGAGAACGCAAGUGCCAUCUUCAGGCCACCAGCCGCAUUGCUAGUAUGGAGGAGCAAUUGGAAGAGACCAAAAAGUUGAGCCAACAAAAGGAGGAAAAAUUGGUGGAGUUGGCAGCUGAGAAAGAGAAGCUACAAGAUGCUUAUUCAGACUUGCAGCAACAGUUUGAAUUGAUCCAGGGGAAAUUCUCCACCCUGAUAGAGGAUUCCUUCCAUUCACAAAAGUCAGUAGAUGAUAUGAAGGAUCAAGUCCAAUGGUUGGAGGAAGAGUUCCAGAAGAAGACCAGCAUGUUUAAUGCACUGCAGGAGCAGUUUCAGGCUCUUGGCUCUGAGGAAAAGGACAAGCUUGAACAGGAGUUGACAGAAGCUCAAGUGAAGAUAGAUGAUUCAUCAAUUGAAGUGGUCACUCUCCGGAAACUCCUGACAGACAUUGAGGGAAUGAGUGGGAAUAAUGCUGCUGAUUUUCUCUUAGAGAUAUUGAAUCUUGGGAAGUUGGAAAGGAAGCUCAAGCAAUUAGGAGAGGAAAGGGAUGCUCUUAAGGAACAAGUCUCAGAGCUUGCCUUUGUGAACGACAAGAUCAGGGAGCAGGCUGACAUCAUUAGUGAACUUAUGGAGAAGGAGAAGCAUAGUCAAGUUUUGGAUGCCUUCUACAAAAAGAGGGAAACUGACCUCCUUGCGGAGGUGACACGAUUAAAAAUGAAAGAAGAGAAAUUCUUAGCAAUGGAGGCAGAUGGGAAGACCUUAGGUGAUCGCAUAGAAUCCCUUGAAGAGACCAUAAAAUUGGUGGCAGCUGAGAGGGAUCAAGCAGCAAGGACUCAGAAUGAGAUUGCUUUGCAGGCAGACAGGGAAAUCCUGGACAUGAAGAGGCAGAUAAUAGUGAUACAGAAACGCCUGAAUGCAGCCAUGGCUGAAAACGCAGAUCUUCGACAAAGAUUGACGACUCUUGGAGAACUCCAAAGAAACAGUGCAACAUCCAGCUUGGCAGGGGACCUGGACUCUCUUACAUUUGAGAACUUCAAUGAAGAGAUCCCAGAUGGAGGGCCAGUCCCAGGCUUCUUCUCUGCACUUUCUCAUCCAUUCCCAACAGAACAUAUUCCUCCUGCUCGUUUGCCACCUCCACCUCCUCCAUUACCCCACCCCCUUGGAGGCACAUACUUUUUGGCGAAGGAGAGGCCCCCAUCAUCAGGAUAUAGAGCUACUGGCAGGAAUUCCAGGAGGUUGAAGAGUUCCAUGUAUGGAGACUCCUCUGGGGAAAGUGAUUCUUUGUCCCCACCUCCAUCAUCAUCUCGACACUCCCGUCAGUCCCGUCGGUCCCGCUCUCCAUCACCAGAAUCAGAACCCAAGCGUUGGAUGGAUCAUGCUCGACACUGCCCUCCUCGUUAUUAUCAAAGGCAUCAAUGUGGUUCCCGUUCUCCUUCACCCCCAUAUGGAAGGGGAAGACGGCAGGGAACUCGAUCACCCAGCCCACCAAUGUCCCACCGAUCCAGUCGGUAUUCUGUCUCCCCAUCUCCUCCCCUUUCUCGCUCUCAUUCUCCAUCUCCAUCAAGGGGAGAGCCAUCUGUGUCAUCCUCUCCUUUCCCUCAUUCAGCCAAUCAUCAUCCUGGGCCUCGUUCCCAUCUCAGACGAUCUAAGGGAAAGACUUCCACAGCUCACAAGGAAGAUGAGGAAGGACAUGGAGAAGAAGAACCCAUCCAUGGUCAAAAUGGCACCCAAAAUUUUCCUAUCCCAGUAUGAUAGGUGUUGUUGUCUAGUGGGCUACUCCUGAUUAUCUUGUGUAUUUUUAAGAAAAGGCCAAGAGGCGAUAUUUCUUAAAGAAGUCAUUAUUGAUGACUUGGGUGAUAUGCAUAGAAUUGAAGAAGAAUCCAGUGAUAUGAAGCACUCACUCUGGUUGGGUAAGGUCUCUCUCCUGCACUUUUGGAGAAGCUUCCUUAUGGCAUCUCCAUUUUAAUUUCUCUGGCUAUCUGGCUUUCAUCAAAAAGUUAUCUCCCACUGCCUCCCUACUAUCUGUCUGUCUGAAAGGAACUUAUUUAUGACUUGGCCCAGUGUGUUUGCCUCCAUUGGUAAUUAUUCUCAUAUUGUCUUAUGCAAUUCAUUCUCACGAGGUUCUUACACCAUUGGUGAUAAAGUGUGAGUCCCAUUUGACUUAAAGGGUUGGGGAUUCUUGCUUGGUAUCAUGCCUAUUUAUGAGGUUUUUUUUCUUAGAAAUAAAGAGAGAAUCCAUAUUUUUAUGUAACUUGUUUGAAAAUAAAUAUCUGCUCCCAAUCAUA